ACGACACAACAGGACUGAUUUUCAGGACGUAAACAAAUGUGUUGCUGUGCGAAGCCUCUCUGUUAGAUAUUUUGAUGUUUUUAGAAAAUCAAUCAAUCAUCAAAAGUGAAAUAAAAUAGCUGGUAAUGGCUGGAGAAACGGCAACUCAGUAUCAGAUGUUUAGCAGUCAUCUAUCUCCAAACAGAAAUUAUAUGGCUCCACCACAUUUGUAUGAAGCAGAGAUGGGCGUUCCACCAGAAUCAUUUGCUCCAGUGUUUCAGUUCAGGAAACGGCAUGGAGAGAUUAACUGGAGAAAAGUUGCAAUGAUUGAUGUUGACAAAGUUGCAAGAGAGUUGGACAUUGACACGUUACAGGAGCACAUCCAGACUGUGGCAUUCUGUAACAUUGAUGUUGUUUCUGACCUUGACCCAAUGUUCGCAAAAUUGUUCAAGCUGUCACAAUAUAUGAUCGAGUAUAUGCUACAUUCUCAGAGUUCUCUUCAAGCAAUUAUAGCAGAGCUCGAAAACAAUCUAGAUAUUGCAGCAGCACAGCAGAAUUCAGCACAGGAUAAAAUAGGAGAAUUAAACGAUGAUGUUCAAAAAUUAAAAGCUGAGAAUAAAAAGCGUCGGAAAAUGAUCGAACAACAACAAAUGUUGAUUGAAUCUGGGGCUUCAAGCUACUACAAGUGUCCGCAUUGUGAGAAAGCCUUCAUGAAUGCCAGUUUCCUCCAAGGUCAUAUGCAAAGGAAGCACCCUGGAUCAGUUAAUUAUAUCGGAGAUGUCAUAGCCCAUUCUCAACGAGAACAGUCCAGAUUGGCAGGAAGACUACAAAAUUUAGAUGAAGAUCUGCAACAAGAGAGAGUCAAUUUUGCUGAUAAACUUAAAAAGGCUGAGGAGGAGAAAGCAGCCUGGGGGGCUCGAACGAAGCGAGAUAUGCAGCGCUGGAAGAAAGAAGAGGAGGGAAAAUGGAGGAAAGAAUUAGAAGAAAUGAAAGGUAGUUUCCUGAAAGAAAUUCAACAACUGAGAGCUCAGGAGUCGGAAUAUAAGUUGAAAAUAACAAACCUCCAAAUGACAAUGGAUGAAAGGCAUUCUAACCUUGGUGAACUGGUCGACGACAUUGAAGGAGAAAAACAAAAAUUAUCGAUUUAUGAGCAAAGAAUCAAAUCUUUGGAACAAACAAACGCUGAUAAAGAAAGUCAGUUGAGACAAUUAUCCGCUGAAAUGGCUUCUAUCCGAGACAGAAACAGACAAGCAUUGAAAGAUCACCAACGUCAGAUGGCCGAUACUUACGGUUAUCAACUCAACUCUUUGAAAGCAAAGUUAAAUGAUCGUGGAAAAGUUCCAAAGGAGCGAGAAAUUGUGCCGAUGGCUGUUCCAGAAGCUGCAGUGUCUUAUGAAGAAGUUGACGCUCGUCCAAGCGAUGCACUUUCAGAAAUGCGAAGAAAUCAACAAAAUUUCGCUCGACAGAUGAGACCUUUCAUGUUACAACUGAUGGAGAAUAAACUACAAGACUGCGGGGUUGACCCAACUGCACCUGGUAUCAGCUCACAAACACUUGCAAACAAGCUAAUGGUACGUAAGACAGAGCGACAACGCAAGGCAAAGGAACAACCCGGAUUUUUCUCAAUUCGUGAUCAAAUGAGGAGGAAAGUAGACGAAGAGGCUUCUAGAAGAGGUUCUCCACCUAGAAAGAGAAGAGGGAGAGCUCCAUCACACCUACCAAGGCAAAGGCAAUUUUCUCCAUCUCCUGUUAGUGCCAGUCGUUCGCUAGAGCAGUAUCCAUCAGGACCGCAGUUCAGACAAACAGCGCCAGCAGGAAGGAUAGAUCACCCACCGUCCCCAAAACGUAGAAAUGGUAACGGUCCAUCGGUCAAGCGUAAACAAGAUAAACCAAUGACAAGAGAGGAAUUGAACACCAGAUUCGAAGAUGAUGAAUCACCAUGGGAUUCCGAACUCAGUGAACAAAGGGACAUUCCUGGCCCAUCGAGACCACAAGAGCCGCAACUUACUCCGUCCACCGGCCGACAAGCAACAACACCAAAGACUCCAAUCACCACUAGGAUUCCAACUACCACAUCCACUCAGCGACAAGAAGAUUCCUGGGAUUCUGAUGAGCUUGAUGACAUCCUCAGCCCUGAGACAGACAUCAGGGAAACGAGACCAAAAAGUUCUGGCAGCACUAAAAUCCAGAAACUUGGAGCAAACAUAGAAUCUCAGCUUCAGUCUAGAACAACUUCUAAACCCCCUGCAGGAUCGGUUGAUCUGAUGGCUGGGAAACAUUCUGUUACUGGUAGCAGUACACAGGUCAAACAUUUUGAUUCUGACGACGAUGACUUUUCACCUGUUUCAUCAUUACAUGAACCAUCACCAAAACCAGCACCCAGAGGUUCCCAACAAGCUCUUUCCAAAGUCCAUCAAAGUACGGCUUCAUCAACAAAUACACUGGGUACAAGCGUAUGGGGAUCUAACCAAGGUAAACCGGGAACUGGUAAAAAUGCGACUGCAGAUCAACAAUCAGACUGGGAUGAUGACAUCAGUGACCUUUGACACUGAAUUACAUUUUUUUUCAUAAUUACAUUAUAGGCAUUAUGAGUUAGAAAAGAUAACUCAAUUCGAACUACGUCAUGGUACAAAAUAAUUACAAUACAAAAAACAAACACACAUGACGAAAAUUCAAGAGAGUUGCCAAAACAUCAAAUGAGACAUGAAAGGGUGUUCCCGAAGUAUGUGUACCAGGUUGGCGUUUUUGCGUAUAAUUUUUCCUGAAGAAAAUAUGGCAUUUAUAUAUAAUAACUCAAUAAUUUAAUUAUUAACUUAACAAUAUCAGACCCUUAUUAGUUGGGUUUCUUCGAGACUAGCUAUUUAUUCUUCUAUGCUAUUGCACUGGUGGAUUUAAACCAUAUACCUAUAUGGUCAUAUUUUUUAAAUUUUCCAACAUUUAUGUUGUGCACUGACUGUAUUUCUGUAAGUUGGGUUAUGUUUGUCUUAAGAAGUCUGAACUUGAUCAGAAAAAGCAUUACAAAUCAUUAAUUUAAUCUUCGAAACGCUUUGAACUGGCCGACCAUGGAAGUUUUUUUUGCAAAAAAUAGUUUAUAUAUAAAGUUUAAUAAGGCAGGUAGUCUUUAUGUUAACAUAGCUACAUAUUGUACAAUUUUCUUUGUUCUGUCCUCAAGUAUUUCACGUUUAUGUAUUAUUUUUGGGUUCACACAUUUUUUUGUAGGUUAUUAGUAUUAAACAUUUGCUUUGCAUAAAACUGGAGGUACAUUUGAAAUUGAAACAAGGAUGUCCAAAACGAAUCAAAAUUCUAUUUGAAAAAGGAGAUAUUUGAUUUUAAAAUUUGGUAAAUAUGUAUACCCAUUUUUUACUUCUUAAUAAUACCCAUUAUUGUGUUUAUUACACUAACGUUGGCAUUGGCGAUUCUAUUUCUCGUAAUUUGGAAUAUUUGCUUGAAUUUGCUUUGUCAUCAUUUAUUCAUAAAAAGUUGAAAGGCAAAUAUUUAUAUUUCAGUUCAAGGUUGAUAUGUAUUCCACAUUAUUGUCUGUGACCAUAUUGCAAUUUUUAAAAAUAAUUUGAUUUAAAUCCUAUGUUAAAUUGGUUAAGGCAAUGCCAAUCUGAGAAGAUCCGAGACUAUCUGAAAAAUUAACAGCUCUUUGUGUAUCAGUGCCCUUUUUGUUCAGAGCCCAAGGUUUGAAAACAUUUGAUAAGAAAUCAUAGAUAAUAAUUAAGAAAAUUUUCUGUGGGUAAUUAGUAUUAACAAUUUUCCAUGUAACUUUGCUCAAAGCAAACCCAACAAAAACCCACCACCUUACUCAAGGGUUUCAUAAUUCUGUUAUUAAUGCUCGGAUAAAAAAAUUGUGUUUUUUCUAAUAUAGAAGCUGCAAAAGUAUGUGCACCAAGAUGACGCACAACCUAAACCGUAACCUGGUACACAUACAAUAUUCAGAUUGUGCGCCAUCUUGGUGCACAUACUUUUGCAGCUCUGUUCAAAGAAUCGCAUAAUAUUUUUUUGAGUUUUUCAUUGUUUUCAGUGCAUAAUGAUUUUAGGCAGUUCGUCUGGCUCAGCGAUUCCCAAAGAGUGCGUCGCUGCGAGUUGCCAAGUCAGCCUCGAAAAUUUACAGAAUUGUAUUAAGCAUUACUAAAAUAUGAUUGAAUAUUUCACAUAUUGUAUUUAAUGUUUUAUUGUUUCUGGUUUUGAAUGCUGUGUAUUUUAUUUCUCUUGACAAUUUGGUGCCGCACAGACAAAAAGUUUGGGAACCUCUGGUCUAGCUCAGUGCUACUCAACUAUUUUCACCAAAGGUCCAUUUAUAAAACUUUAAAAUGACUGGGGUCCGGACAUUACAGGAAAUUUAUUUCAUU